CCAAAAACACGGAAGUCAGCAAUUUUUUGGAACUAAGUUGUCCUUUGGGGUCUAGAUAACACUUCUGCUGAGUUUCGUGUCUUUUGAACAACAACUUUAGAAAUUACAGAGCAAAGUAGGAGGGAAUCACCUAACCCCAGCCUUGAGGAGCCCUCAAACAACCCAGCAUGAAUCGGGUUAAGCCAACUCGAAAUGGUCUAGACGGUCUUGAUUUUUUUGUUGGUAGCUAGCUACGCAAAUACAACACCGUAAUUUCGGGCAGACAAAUCAUGGAAGGGAACAAACUUCAUUUUUUAACUCGAGGCUUGAAUAAUCACACAAAAUCCUAAUGUUGAUAAAAAAAGAAAGAAUAUAAAAAAUAUAUAAGAACAUGAAAGAAAUAUUAUCUAGAACCAAUCGUUGAAUCCAAAACAAGUUAUACAAGCAUAGGGAAUCCAGAUUUAUCAAGUACUUGUUAAUAAAAUAAUUUGUUAUAUAAAUUAUUUCGUAGCACUUCUUUGCGGAAGAAUUAAUUUGAUGAUAUGAUAUGUUCCUGUUCUUGUUUUUUUCACCUCUCCCCAUACUUUUGUUUACUUAUACUGAACCGCUCAAUUUCUUGUAGAUUACUGGAAGUUUCAAUAAAACAAGGAACAAGCCAGUACCAAAUAACUUUUGAGUGGUUUUAAGAUAUGUAGAUCAAACUCAGCAUGAGAAUAGCAUAAAAGGAAUUGAUUGGUCGAUAUUAGAAGUUUGCUGAAAUCAGAAAUUUUUGCUAUGAUGUCACCAUUUUUCGAAAACAACUGUUUCCGCCGCUGACAAUUAUAAGUUACUUUCAUUUGUCUUUCCAAAAGAUUUUUUAAUUAUCACUCUUAAUUAUGGAGAAAAAACAAUGCUUAAGAAAUGAAAUUUUUUAUGGAACUCCAUUUCAACUUCCAGAAUAGAAUAUGAAGUCUUAUCGAAAGGAGGAAUAUUAAAAGUCUCUAAGUUUUAGCUCUCUUUGAGCAGUAGUUUGGGACUUAUAAUAAAAGAAAAAGCGAGAGGGUGGUGGAAUCUACGUUCAAAAAAAUCUGUUCUAACCUUGUAAAAAAUCUACCACGAUCUUAUGGAGCUUAAAAGGGUGUUAGUAAAAAGGGCAAGCAGUUUUAUGAAAAACUACAACAACAUAAAUAGGCACAACUAAGCUUAGUCACUUUAUCUGACAACGUUGCAUUUUAUUAUUGCAUUAGGUUACUUUGUCCACAUUCUCUGCAUUUUCUACGGAGACGAGCAUUAAUAUAUAAAUUCAUAUUUCACAAUUCACAUUGCAUGAACAUGGAGGCGUUGUCUUGCAAUAUCAAAUAAGAAAAAUAAGAAAAAAAUUGCAAUACCUGACAAAAAUUAAAAUAUUGAGCAAGUUUUAAUACACACUUACAGUAUCCUUUAUUGAUAUUUUUCUUUAGAUUUUCCAACAUGCAUUGGCUUACUAUCUGCAUAAUUGCUGGUGCUCUCCAGAGAUCACUUUCUUUGCAUAGCAUGAAGAAUUCUUUAGCAACUGAAGUAAAAUCAUCCAAUAUUAUUAUCCAAGCGGCUGAGUCAAUUAAAACGAAUCGCCAAUCAGAUUAUUUUCCAUCAAGUAAUAGCAUAUCAAACCAAAGAAGUAGGACAUACGGAGGCAAGAAGCAACCGCCCACUAUCGCGUUAGUACAAAGUCACUCUUCUGGUCACUUACUGAAAAAAUCGUCAAAAGUAAUUGAUAAUAUCCAUUUCAAUACAAAAAGCCACAUAUCACCAACUUACUCUGUGAUUCCAGAUGGAGAAAAUUUUCAAGCCACUUCUCCGAGUAAAGCAACUUCUACAAUAGUAAAUGUUUAUGAAAUAGAAACAACUGACUCUAAAACUCCAUCCGUUACCGUUGCAAGUUCCUCAACAAGAGGCCAGGAAAGCAUUUUUGCUAAAACAUUACUUUCUGUCGAUUCACUCCUAAAUCCAGAUCAAACAAAAAUUCAUCUAUCAAAGACCAACUCGUUUGAAAAAAUUGAAACAAAUGCAGCAAAACAAUAUUCUCUAAAAAAUAUUGCAACUCAAAGAACUAUUAGCCUUGAAAUCAAUCACCAAUCAAGUACCGCAGCGUUAAAUGAUUUAACUAAGAGAAGUAAAUACUAUUCUCAGGAUCGCCAUACAUCAAAAAAUAAAGAUGAUAAAUCACAAGAACUGGAAGCAACGCCAUCGGUAAGCAAGCGACGUUUAUUACCAACACGAUCAUCCAAUGUUCAAGCCACACCAGUAUUAUCAACGAAAUUGUUUUCUGGAUUUGCUAAAGUCCAACCGAACAAGAGCAGGGAAACUAGGCAAACAGAUGAUGUCACAGUUCCUACUGAAAAAUUGGCAAAAGUAAUUAAAGUGACCUCCCACCUUGAGUAUCCGUCUGUGUCCUCACCAUUCAAAAGCGACAACCCUAGAAAAAGUAAACACUUUGAAAAUAAAAAAGCCCCAAUAUCAAAAGUUUUUUCCAAGUCAUCUUUGAACGAACCUGCCAUCGAAUCCUCAAGGGUUGUUCAAAAUAACUUAAAUGACAUUGCAAGUUCUUCAAAGAAGGUUAAUAAAAAUACACUUUCUGAAACAUAUUCUGUUGUCAAUUCACAUCUACAGUCAUCUGGAUCCAAAAUUCACGCAUCAAUAAUCAAUUUUGUUGACAAGGAACUUGCAUCAAACGCAGUCAAACAAUCUUCGACCAUUCAAAAUUCCAUCAGUUGUAGCAACAUUCAUCAAUUAAAUAGCAAAAAGGUGGGUGACUUGUUUAAAGAAAACAAAUCUACUUUUCAGCAUUCUGCAAGUCAUACAUUAAGAAAAAUUGAAAGUAAGUCAGAAGGACUCCAACAAACGACAUCGGAAAGCAAACAAAAGUUACUGCCGACACGAUCAUCAAAGGUUCAAACAACACCAGUUAUAUCGACAAAAUUAGUUACUGAAUUUGUUAAAAUUCAAGGCACUGAAAGCAUCAAAUAUUCGCAAGGUUAUGAUGCCACAAUUCCUACCAAAAGAUUGAAUAGGAUAAACAAUGUAACUUCUUUCUAUGCGUAUCAACCCGUUUCCUCAGCAGUUAAAAACGAAAACUUGAGAAAGAGUCAGCAUUUUAAAGAUAGAAAAACCGCAUUUUUAAAGUUUUUAUCAAAGUCAUCAUUAGUCAAGUCUGCCUUUGAAUCCUCAAGGGCUGUUCAAGAAGAAAAAUCUGUCACGCAUCACACAGUAAAGAGUGUCGCAACAUACAACAAAACGACAACGACUCCAUCUUUUUCCGAAAAGACAAAAGUCUAUCCAAAUACCACGGGAAAAGCAGUCACUACUGGUAAAACAACAGCGAAAGGAUUAAACAGGAUAUGUAUUUGCAAAGAAAAAAGAGAAGCGAAAUACAAUCAAUUUAACUUUGACCUUCCCGAAUAUUAUUCAACAGAAAACAAACAUAUCUUGCUAGCAACCUAUCUCACUUCAUUUCUUUACCACACUUAUCCUGACUAUGAUAUUAAUAUUAUUGCAAAGAAAAUGCUGCUAAAGAACACCGGAAAAGAUUAUAUCACAAUGGUGACACACGAGUCUAAAGGGGAACUAAGAACAGAAGUUUAUCCUGGUCUUCAAAGAACAGUUGACGACUACCCGUCUGUGUAUAAAUACUCAAAAGCUAUUCGAUAUUGUUCCAAAAACGCUACCUUCUGCGAAUACCAUGAAGGGGAUGAAGAUUCUAACAUCAUUUUAGUUGUACCACAUGGAGGAAUGCUGGCUCCUGACGGAAUACAACCGAGACGUAGCGGUUGUUACACUUCAAGUGGGUGUUCUUACACAGAUUUAUGUGAAUGGCCUAAAGUAAAGAUUUUAGGUCAGAAAAGAAACAAAAUCUGCCCAAUUGAAUCAUCUACAAACUUUUAUACAAAAGAGUUUGCCAUCACUUUAGCUGGUAGUUUGCAAAAUCGAACAGGCAGCAAACCUCACAUCGUCAUCAUGAAUUUACAGCGAGCUUUUAUUGAUGUUGGCAUACUGCCAAAAGACAAAAGAGCAUAUUAUGAUCGAGAACUCAAAUCAGUUUGGGAUGAUUUUCAUAAAUUUAUCGGAUUCGCAAAAGAUCGUAUUAAAAAUCGUGGAGUUGUAUUUAAUUUGCACAGCCAUAAGAAUUAUCCACACAAGAUUAUUUUAGGCUACUCCAUAAAGUACGAUGGAGAUCGUACUCGAAGCUCCUUAAAUGCUUUGUUGGAAAAUAAGAAUAUAAAGCUAGAAGAUGCUACCACAGGUAAAUAUAGUUUGGUAGAUUGCUUAAAUAAAAGAAAUAUUACCAGUAAUAUCCUUGAUGAACAGACCAAAGAUAGAUAUCGAGAAAAAAGAGGAGGGAAAGAAGCCGGCGAAGAAGAAGAUAUAAAAAGAGAAGAAAAGGAAACUGAAGAUCACCAACUGUUUUUAACAAAACUAUAUGGAUCCUAUUACGGCGGCUCUGUUGAUGCUAUGAGGAUUUCAGCUCCGCAAAAAUAUUGCAAAGUUGAGGAUUACGUCAAAAAAGUCAGCUACGGAAUAACUGAUUUUAUGAAAUUAAAUUACCAGUAAAAUGCUACAAAUAUUUAUGUGUAACGUUUCAUAGAAGUAUUAUAGGAACUGGAUUCCGGACUCCAUAUAAACCAACAGUAUUAAGUUCUUUAAGUUAUUUUUACAGGUAGUCUUAUUAAACACUUCUAAUUCGUUGUACGUUUGCAAUUAAGUAAUAAGUUAAUGUAAUAUAUAAUACUUGAAUUCACAUAUUUACAGAAAUUAAACCUUAUGCUGUCCGGAAGAGGGAGCUUCUUUUUACAUUUUUUUAAUAAUUCUUUUUCUACUGCGUUGUUUCGCUAUGAUACUUAUCGAGUUCUAAUAUUUAUUCAUUAGACAUGCCUUCCCACAUUUUUAGGUCCCAUAUCCACAGAGCCUUAGAUUUUACAUGAAAUCCCUAAUCAGUAAAAUAUUGUAACUUCUCUUUUUUAUGCUUCAUAAUAGAAAAUAUCGCCAUAACUACAUUGCCUCAAGGUGAAUCAUUCUAAGACGAAUUGGCACGUUGCUAACCCGUUUUUAGAAAUCGGGCGAUUAUCAGCUGUUUUUUUGUCAUGUGAAAUAUGUGUAAACCGAAAGCCAUAAAUAAUUUUCAUUUGGUUAUCAGAAUCUUCAAAAAAAAAAACCAAUUAAAAUUCGUUCUAGAAGUAUAUUAAUUGUAGACAUAAAAUGCUUUUUUUGCAAAUUUUAAGCUUCUGAUGACGACUUAGACAAAAUUCCGAAAAUCAUUUUUUUAUUUUUUAUUUUUUUUAUUAAGCUAUUAUAAAGGAUAUGAAAUUCAGUUACUUAUACAAUAAAUUUUCUGUCAAUGAGUGUUCUCUUAAUACCACAAUUGUGGCAGAUUUUUUGAUUUCCUUUGGGUAAAGUCAAUGAAAAGUUGUGGAGAAUGAAGAAGCCCGCCCAAUCCCCUGUAAAAACGGGUUAAAAAAUCCUCGGACGAAAUAGGGUUAAAAGAUAAAAAUAGUAAAAUACCAAUUUUAAUUAAACUUUUUUUACUAAAGUUUAGCAUUUUUUUAAAUAGAAAUAGUUUAUUAGUUAGCAUACAGAUUGCAAUUAACAAAUCAGUAUUCAUCCCUACUGUCUAUGUUGUCACCCCAACAGCUUAUGUCUUCUUUAAUACAUCCAUUUUAUUAAGAUCUGUGUCAUAUUAUUAGCAUGAUAUGUCAUGUCAAAAUUGACAAAACAUACACCUCGUGAUGUAUGCAUGUAACCUUGUCUCUGUUUUUUCUUGCGGUCAGCAGUUUUGCUUUGUCAAAUGUCAAUAGGAUGUACUUAGAGCGGAAUUUUAAAGAUGUAUCUUUGGUUUUAAUUAAUAACCUAUGGUAUGAUAACAGCUUAUUAAACUUUAGGAAACUAUAUUGUUUUCGGGAUAUAGAUACCAAAUAAAAAAAUAGCGAAAUACAGAGCGAAAUUAACCAUAAAAUUUAUUGUUCUUUUCGUCAAAAUGUUUUG